GAUUGGAGGGAAAAGCCGCCAUUAUUGUACGUUUCUCUGCGUCACGCGCAAGUGUAGAGGAAAGAAGCAUGGCCGCUGUGUUGAGAGGGUCUCGGUACCUAGUUGGAAGGUGCUGCAGAAAUGUUGACUUUGCGUUUGGUAAGGACAUUAAGCCGACACUGUACCCACAUAAUGACCUCUAUCGUCGCUGCACUUACUUUAAAAGCUCAAGUUUUUACUUUAAACUUCCUUGUUGUGACACGAACAAACCACUUUAGCUUGAAAUGUUUGUGGAGAAGUUUGAGUUAAUUAUGCUAGCUCCUAUUGCAGAGGCUCGUCCUCACAGGAUCCUGGUCAGUGAGCUGUCCUGUGAAAACCACGUACCGUUUGUACGACGGGCCCUUUUGUGUGACCAAAGCGAUGUAUUGUCUGGCAAGACGUAUUGAUAGUCGUAUUUCAGGGGUGAACAUUGUAUUUAUUCGCUCUUGAGUCCUGUAUGCUGACUGUCUGGUGAAGGUACAUUGUGUAAUGACAGUCACCAGCACUUAUCAAGUUAGAUUUUUUUGUAAAAUGAUGGCAGUGGCUCCUUGCAGACACUUGAUCCUCUGAAGGAGCCACUUAUACAUCGUAUUUUAUUUAGCUUGCGAAUAUCAUAUUUAUUGCAGCAUCUUUUGCACAUGCUCGAUUAUUUUGACCUCACUAGUUAAUUUUCUUUUGAGAUAUAUAUAUAUAUAUAUAUAUAUAUAUAUAUAUAUAUAUAUAUAUAUAUAUAUAAAUAUCUAGUAUUAAAACCACAACAUAUAAAAUGUGUUUUUCUAUCUUUCUUUGUUAGUGUGGAGAUCAACUUCUAAGGGGAAGUCUCUUCACCUUGAAUUUAUACGUUGCUUUCUCAAAGAAGUUUCUGUCAUCAAGACGAUGCUUAGUCAAUAUUGAGAAAGGGCUUGGAUGCCUCUAGAUACAUCUGAGGAAAUUCGUACAGAGGGUGGUUGUAUAUAACCAUAGACAAAUCAUUUACAUGAGAGUAAGGCAUUUCUUUCUUUUGUAAAACUGAACUAUUUUAAUUAGCAUUCAGGUCAUUUUAAACCACAAAAUAACACCUGGUUACCUCAAUGUAUGACUGAAAAAAUAUGAUAUAUAUAAAUUAAUAGGAUACACUACCAGUUUUGACAUAUGGCCAGUAAAUUAACAUUCUUGUUCUUGAGUCUUAUUAUCUUUUUGGUUUAUACGGUUGUUGCGUUGUAGUCUCCACAAGGUCCAUGGCCUCAAAGACACAGGUGGGGUUCGUUGGCCUGGGCAAUAUGGGAAACCCAAUGGCGAAGAACUUGAUAAAGCACGGCUACCCAGUCAUUGCUACUGAUGUAUUCCCGGAGUCCUGCAAAGAGCUGCAAGAGCUGGGAGCCCAGGUAAAGGUGUUUAGUUUACAUAGAUUCUUUAAAUAAAGCACUUCACAGUGCAUAGCCACCUCACGGUGAUCUUUAUUUUCAGAUUGUGGAUAAUCCUGCUGAGGUAGCAGACAAAGCUGACCGCAUCAUAACCAUGCUCCCCUCUAGUCCCAAUGUCAUUGAUGUGUACACCGGACCAAAUGGCAUUCUCAAGUAAGAUUUUGUUUCUCUUCUUUCAUUUUGGCUUGUGCAUUGAAGUCAGACUCUAAAUUGUGUACGCUUCUCAACAGAAAGGUGAAAAAAGGCUCCCUGCUCAUUGACUCCAGCACCAUUGACCCUGCUGUUUCUAAAGACAUGGCUGCUGCAGCUGAGAAGAUGGGAGCAGUUUUUAUGGAUGCACCUGUAUCAGGAGGUACCUCACACGCUUUUGUUUUUUAUAUUUUGAAAAAAAAUGAUUUCAUCUCAAGGUACAAAACCCUUCAUGUACUGUAUGUUUAAAAAAUUAGUGUUUAGUUAGUGUUUCAAGGAAGUGUGAAAUCAACUAUUCAGUCACUGUGGAAGCUUAACCAGAGAGCUCUAAAUUAUUCAACAAAAAUUCAACUUUUUAAGAAUAUUCUGUAGGUGUUAAAAAAGUUACGUGCCUUUUUUAUUCAAACAAUAUAACUCGAACUAACUAAGCAAGUAAUUAUCCCAAAAAUGAUUAUGUUAAUGACUGAUUAAUCUGUAUAUUAGUUUUGGACUAUUUACUAUGGCUAAAACCAAAAAGGGAGUUCUCUUGUUAAUGGUAACCUUUGAUUCUGUAGUGAACUUUUUUUUUCAUUAUCUAAAAAACAAAACAAAAAAACAACACGUUUCAACCUAGUUUGAUUGUUCUAUGCUAUAUCAUCAGAGGCUCUCAUGAUAGGUGUGAAAUAUUCUUUGUACAAAAACCAGGGAAAAGACUUUUAGCCUAGGUGUAUCAUAUUUUCUACAUCGAUUAUCUGACAGAAUGAACCUUUAAUGUACGUCUGUAAUCCUGCAUGUGUUUAAUAGUGAUAAAUCCAGUGUUGCCGCUGUUGUUAGUGAUUUAAAGGGCAACCAGUAUCCACAGCAUAUUCAACAUAUGCACUACUGAAAAUGUAAAUGCCAAUUAAAAUGUCAUGUCAAGAUGCUUUCUAUAAAGAGCAGGGGUCCGUUUCACGUAGCAGGUUUAGUGGAAACUCCGAGUUUGUUAACCCUGAAAUCAGGGAAACUCUGAGUUUUCCGUUUCACAAAGGAGGGUUAGUUAAACCAGGGAGAGAGGGGUAACUCUAACCUGUUUCACAAAGAGAGGUAACUCAACCUCGCGGUCAGUUACCACAGUAACAGACUCCGUGAACCUAACCUGCUCGGGAGCAGGUUUAACUCAGUAAACCCAGAGUUUCAGGUGAGACAUCGGCAUUUUCUCAUUUUGAUCAUGUUUUACAUUGUCAAGUAAGUAUUUAGUGGCAGUUUGAUCCCUUAAAAAAUGCUCUUUUCACACUCAAAACUGAAUUUUACUCUCUUAUGAUGUUCCAUUAAAUGAUUAAGAAUAUUAAACUAACACAAAAACGGGUGGUGGUCCAGCAGCCCCACCUUUUACGGAGGCAGAGGAGCUGCCCCCCCCCCUCGAUCGUUGAGGGGGGGCAGCUCCUCUGCCUCCGUUAAAGGUGGGGCUGCUGGGCCACCACCUGAUUUUCUGGCAUCUGCCCUCUUUCUGUUUGCUGAGUGAAAGUCUAAUAUUGAGUGUAGUGUGUUAGUUUAAUAUAUGUACAUAUACAUACUGAGAGUUACUUUAAUAUUCCUAAUCAUUUAACGGAACAUCAUAAGGGAGUGAAAUUCAUUUUUGAGAGUGAAAAGAGCAUUUUCUAAGGGAUCAAACUGCCACUUAAUACUUACUUGACAAUUUAAAACAUGAUCAAAAUGAUUCAAGCAGUUUCCCUGCAACAGUCUGUCAUUGUGAUUGCACGAGACUAGAUUUAAAGUUACGCAUUGACGCGAGCAGCGAUUUCCUCCCAAGCCCUCUCCCUCUCCUUUGCAGCUGCUGCUGUAUUGCACUUUCUUUACAAAAGGUGCUGUUAUUCGCUGUUGGCUUGCUGCUGCCCCCUCCUUCUCCCUGUUUCCAUUGGUUGAUCAUUGAAUCUGCGCUCCACAGAUGCUGGCUCUUUAUGUCUGGCGUGCACGUGCUUAACUCCAGGUCAAACUACUCGGAGUUGUUAAAACCGUCUCAAAUCAGGUGUUGUGAAACCGGAAACUCAGAGUUUCCUAACUCAGAGUAGAUCAACUCAGAGUUAAGGAUUUAACUCAGAGUUUGUUGAACCACCUACGUGAAACGGACCCCAGGUCUCAACCAUCCUUUGGGUUAUAGAAUAUACAAAGACCCAAUAGCAAAAAGAACACAAUUCAGUCCCAUCUCUCAGGCUAGUGCCUCUUACACACAGUAAUACUACAACAGUUCUGGCACAGAUUGCAUGAUAUGAAUCAAGGGUAUUUGCAUUUUGUUGACUUACAGAUAAACUGUAGUCACUUUUGCGAGUUGGCACCAAAAGUUGUAUGUAGGCUGUGUCGACUUAAACAGGCAUGAGAUGGUGCAUGUCCCCCAAGGGGUCCAGUUUGUUUCAGUACAGUAUGGUAAAAUUUGGUAUGCUAAACCCUGAUCUUGUUUGCAUUUCUAUGGCAGAUUGUACCCUGGUGCUAAGCAUGUUGGUUGUGUGAUGGUGUGCAGAGGUUUGGUGUGCAAUGGAAUGCAUUGAAAUCUUCAGCUUUGUUUAUGUGACAUGCAUGUAAAUACAUCACGGGUGUGUCUCAGGGAUGCUUUCCAAACCGAAGCCCGAUCUGUUGUUUUUCUUUAAAGACUCCGAUUGAUUUUUUUUUUUCACUAUUUAAAGUGUUCUCAGUGGUCUUGAAAUUGUGAUUAUAAAGUUUUUACCAAAAAUCACAUCACCUGUCAUUUUCAAGGGCUUUCUUAGCAGAGCUCCAGUAGAAAAUUAGCAAUUCGCCUCUGAUUUGUGGGCGGAGACCACCCUGCUCUGCACCCUCCUCUCCACGUUAGCUUGCAGCCUAACAUUGCUGGUGCAGUAGAAGUAGCAAGUAAUCUGGGAGCUUUUCAGCUUUCAGACACUAAUGUCUUUGGGGGCGUGAUGAAAGCUAGUAUAAGUUUUCUAAUAAGCAUUGCAAUCCACUACUGCACACACUUGUUCCACGGUUGUCCUUUCUACUUCUCAAGAUCUGGCCUGCAGAGCAGGGUGCCAGGGGCCCUGCAUAGAUUUUUGAUGUAGAAAUUCUCACUGCGUCUAAAUCUGCCAUUUGCGUCUGCCAGAGGUUCACAGCGAUUUGAAUGAAGAAAUACUCAAAAAUGCAAUUUUGCACUGAUUUUUCUCAUGUUAUAUCCUGUAAUAUCAGAAAAAUGCCAUAUGAACAUGUAGACAACAAGAAAAACAUGAAUUUCAUUAGAGUGGGUCUUGAAGGAGAAUCCCUUGUUUUUACACAGUGGUUUUAUUGUGACGUUGUGUCUGGGACUGUUAUUUGGUGAUAGAAGUAACUUCAUCAGUCUUUAUUUGAGCCUAAGAUGAACUUUCACUGCAUAAAGAGGUCAUCUGUCCUGUUGGCUGCAGCUAAACUUUGUUAAUUAUUAAAUAACAUCAGGCUACAGGAAAUAUGGAUUGUUUUUUUUUUUUUUUUUGGGGGGGGGGGUAACUGACUGUGUGCUUGAAUUAAACCCCCAUUUAUAAACCCCUACAGCUUUUAAAACCCCAAAGCAUUUCAGGUUAGCAAAGAUACAAGUAUGUACACUACAGGCCAAAAGUUUGGAAGCAAGGCCAAAACAGGCCAAAAACAUUUGGAAACUACCUCAAGUUUCUGUUCGCAUUGCCUUUCAUAAAAAAAAAGGAUAAGUUAAAUGUAUUUUGGGAUGUAUUUAUUGCAUGACUAGACUUUGCUUUCAUUGAUAUGCACCAUUUUCCUCAAUUUACCUUUAGGUAUACAUUGAUGUUAACAGACCAUUGCUGAAUAAAUGUCAACAAAAGAAAGGGAGGGCUUAGUUUUAGGUUCAAGAAGAUUAGCAAGAGUCACAAAUUCAGUGUAAAAGUAAAAAAAACAAAUCACUUUGCAUUAUUCACUUUUACUUAUUGGUUUUUGAGUGUCUGUAUACAAAAAUCCCAAUAAAUCUCACCCGUGUUCAAAACUCUGACAAACUAUCACAGAAAUGGCUAGAAAGAAGUAACUGAGUAAAGAAACAAGAGUACAGAUUUGUACAUUGAGAAAAGAAGGAUAACGCCCAAAAGUGCCCAACAAAGGAGUCCUCUACACUCUGAAGAGACUUGAAGAAAUUGGAAGUUAUGAUGAUAGGAAAGGCCUGGAUGAAAGAGGGUCACAACAAAAGCAGAGGAUAAACAUAUUAUUGUCAUCAGUAAGAGAGAUCAGCGAAAAACAGCACCACAAAUAAAGGAGGAAAUCAACAUGACAAGGUCAAAACCCAUAUCUCUGACAACCGUGAAAAGACGUUUGAGAAAGGCUGGUCUGAAGGGUUGUGUAUCUGCAAAAAAACACUGCUUUGUCCACAGAACAAGAAAAAGAGAUAUGAGUGGGCAAAAGCUCACAAAAAUUGGACUUAUGAUGACUGGAAACAAGUCUUCUGGACGGACGAAAGCAAGUUUGACCAAGCAAGUUUGACCAACCCCCCCCCCCCCCCAUUGCAGUAAAGGGUGGGAUCUGUGGGCUUGGUACCCCUACAGAUGGGUGCAAAACAAGUAAAACUUGAAAGUCUACUGAUUCAGUGGCAGUUGCAGUGGCACCAAUUAGUGCACUGGAUCAUAAAGGACCUGCUUUUUUUGUGUCAAGAUGGAGAAUAUAGGAAGAGUAAAUAUUGAAUGUCUGAACCGUUGCUGUAACAACAGCACAAGAAAGAUGUGGUCCCAGAAUCAUGGUUCUGAAACCGUCCCCUUUUGCUCUGCAGACACAUAUCAAAAUUUUGCUGUGAGGUUUGUUCUGUGAUCUCACCCUGACUUAAUGCAGAGUUAAACUUGAGGUAUUGCAGGAAAAAAACAAAGAAAUUUUUCCGUUUGAUUUCAUAAAUACAGCCACUUCUGAAAUUAGAAAACUGAGACACUUUUAAGAUAUAUAUAUUUAUUUUUUUGCAACUGUGAAUACAAUCUAUGUAAGAAAGAAAAGGAGGAGCAGCUUUUGCCUGCACAAAUGUUUCUGGUUGUAAAGAAUGUGCACGCUUGACUUUUUGGGGGUCCAGCCACACACACACACACACACACACACACACACACACACACACACACACACACACAUGCAGUUUGUUUGAAGUUGGUCACCUCAGCACUAUCACAGCCACUUUCUUUGAAUUGAUUUUGGCUGUUUUUACAGCCUGGCCUUAAAGAUUAGUGCUGAUUUAUGUGCUUCCACUCUGCUGUAGUGCACAUGGAUUAAAGUUGUCCUGCUUUCUGCCUUGAACCUCAAUCUGUGUGCGCAUGCACGUUUGUCUGUGUGGUCACUGCAGUUUAGAUAGUGUGAACUGAAGUCCACGUCAGACUCUGAUUCUUCAUGUCAAAUUGCUGUGCUUUAUGUCCUUAAAUAACCUUUUGUCAAUGCAGAAAGACAUCUUUGUUUCAUUCUGACGGCUCACGCUUGUUGUAGAAACUGUUUAACUAGAACAAGUAUUCCUUCUAGUUUUGGUAACCAUAUGUCUCUAAAGUUUUGGUCAAACCACCUGAUAAGUGAUAUGUUGCAUUAAACUUAUGCAGAAACAUUCAGGGUCUCUGUUCCUCUGACUUUUUAAAAAGUCAACCCUGUGUGAAUUUUGGCACCAAUACUUUGACCAACAGUAUAAUUUGACUUUCUGAGCUGAACCACGAUAACACCCACUUUGUUCCAGCAGCACAGUCAUUGUAUAUUCCAGUUGGUUUAAAAUGCUGCUGGCUCGACUUCUCACAGGCAGAAGGGAGGGGAAACAUUACACCUAUCUUGGCCUCUUUCCAUUAGCUUCCUGUAAACUUUAGGAUUAAUUAUAAGACUCUGUUGGUUGAUGUCUUGGCACCCAUGUGGCUCGCUUCUGGCGAUGUAUGACUGUGAUUUUAACCCUGUAUGAACCUGAAUGCACCGUCAAACGAACAAAUUGAUCAAAAAAUAUCCUCAGGUAAGCGCUGAGCAAACUUUUUCGAACAGUGUCUGAAAGCUUUGAUUACGCUUUACGGUGUUGCUUUUGCUGUUUAUUUGCAUCAUCUUCAUUUUGCUGUCUGAAACUUGUGAUUUUAUGUCUCACUUUUAUUUAGCAUUUACCCCUGCAUACAGUUUAUACAAAUCUGACUUGUUAUUGCCUACUUUUUGAGGCACAUUGUAAUUCUCCUUUGCAAUGUACUAAUAUUUAACCAAUACUUUUUCAUUCUGUCCUCUGUGUCUAACUGGAACAAUUUAGCGCUGCCUAAAGAACGCACUGUUGAUCAGGGAAAUUAAGUUUAGUGAGACAGCAUAUGGAGACAUUUACUUCAAUUAUCACUUCCAAGUCAAUUUUUGCCCACGUCUUUUGGCUUGAAAAUAAAGCCUACAGUGCGAACAUCUCUGCUUGCACACUGUUGAUGUUAGCCGGAUUUUACGUUUCCAGGUGUGGGUGCUGCCAGUUCGGGUAAACUGACUUUUAUGGUUGGGGGAGCUGAAGAGGAAUUUACUGCAGCCAAAGAACUCCUGAGCUGCAUGGGAGCCAAUGUGGUGUACUGUGGUCAGGUUGGAACUGGACAGGUGAGAGGACAUAUUCUCUGUUCAUUACAAACCUUUAUGGUGUGUUUAUUAAUCAAACAAUGAAUAUGUAAAUAAAGUAGGCCAUGGUAGUUUUUCUCAACUAUAUUCUGCAGCUUUUUAAACAGUAUAUUUUUCCUUCUUGUUUCAGGCUGCUAAAAUUUGUAACAACAUGCUUUUAGCUAUUGGAAUGAUUGGGACAUCAGAGACAAUGAACUUGGGAAUCAGGUGACUACACACUUUGGUUACAAAUAACAGCAAAAAUAUUCGCAUUUCAAAAUCAACACAAAGUUUCUCACAGGAGUUCAAAGUCACUGUUUUAAAUUACAAGAUGGUGCGUUUAAUGUAAGUAAAAUGUGCUAUUGUUCACAGACUCGGUCUUGAUCCUAAACUGCUGGCCAAGAUCCUGAACAUGAGUUCAGGUCGGUGCUGGUCCAGUGACACCUACAACCCUGUGCCUGGAGUCAUGGAGGGAGUCCCCUCUGGAAAUAACUACCAGGGAGGCUUUGGCACACAGCUCAUGGCCAAGGUCAGUUAGAUAACAUGUGCCACCUGUCUCUGGGUCUACAGUUACACUUUAGCAUUAGUGUAUUCAAAAACAUUUCAAUUUCAUGUUUGUGCUUAUGCUCUUUUGAGAAUAUAAAAGCAUAUUCACUGGUGGUUACGUUUGCUGAUUCCUAGAACUAACAUGGACAAAUACUUUUGUCUUAAACACAACAAGUUUUUGUAAACCACAUAAUUCACUCAACAUUCUGCUUCAGGUGGAUUGUUGUGAAUAAAAAACCUCCACUAUGUGUGAAUGAGAUUACCGUACACUCAGGGGUUUAUUUCUGUACUACAUGCCGUGCAUCUGACAGGGAUUAAGUUACAGUGUUAUAAAGAUUUCUAUCCUUGGUCAGACCACAUGAAAUGAUGCAGAGAUGAGUUUAAACCCCUCUUAAAAGGAAAUCAAGCCAGUAUUACUGCAAUAUAAAGAAAAAUUCUCUGCGGUGUGUUUUGGUGGUUUUGGUUUCGAGAGUUUAAUUUUCUGCCGUGUUGGUUUUUCUUAUGGAUGUUUGCUUUUCUUUUUCAGGACCUGGGCCUCGCACAGAACACAGCCACUAACACAAAGACUCCAGUCCCUCUCGGCUCUUUAGCCCAUCAGAUCUACCGCAUGAUGUGCGCACGCGGCUACGCCACUAAAGAUUUCUCCUCCGUUUUCCAAUUUCUGCGUGAGGAGGAGGGCGCCCAGUAAUGACGGCCUCCACCCCGUCCACAGCUGUGCUGGGCCCGGCCCUGCAUAGGACUAACAUAGUGUAGUUUGGGUGCAUUUCACCCUGAGGACUGUGUUCUUUUAUUAUGAUUUUUUCAAGGUUGUAAAAGACAUGAGGCCUACAGAGCUCCAACACGGCGUGACAGAUCAUGGUGCACUUUUCCUUGAUAGGAAAUCAUGUUUCCUGUGUGAUUUUUUUUUUUUAAAUGCAACACUCCUUUCAGUUUUAGAGGUGAAAGACUUUUCAGAUCUUCAGAAGAUCAAAGAUUGCCAUCAGUGAAAGAUCUGCAGAGUUGGGUGGGAAUCAGGUGAUGAGACAGUAGCUCUUAAACUUUGUUAUGGCUAAACGGUUGCAAAAUACGGUUUAGUCCACAUAUUUAUCUAUUGUUUUUGAUCUUUAUCUUGCUGUUUUUGUUUUUGGGGUUAUUUUCUUGACAUUGGAAAUGUUACUUUUUCAAGAAGAGUGUAUUAUCAUAUCUUGCUAGGAAAUAAAGACACAUUUUGAGGUCUUAAACUUGACACAUUAUUUUACCA